AGGGGUGGGGGGAAGAGUUCAGCCUGACUCACAGACUUCAUUCACUGAUUCUCGGCGGCUGGACCGAGGCUGCCUCCCGAGGGGACUCCCAACUACUCGCGCACCUCCAAGGUCCCCACGUCCCGCCGUUCCACUCUCAGCCAAACAGACGGACCGGCUGACUCACGAGUUGGCAGCUUUGCGCCCGAGGGUGUCGCGAGCCGAGGCGGCGAGGACCGGGCGCCUCUGGCCCAGCCAGCCGGGCGGGAUGCGGCGCGGGCUGCAGCGCUAACCGCCCCCACGCUGGGCACUGGGCGUACGCGCUCCGGGCUGCAGGCGGAGCGGCGGCGGCGGCGGCGGAGGGGAUGCGCCCGGGACGCGCAAGGCUCCUGUCGCGAGCUGCCAACCCGAGGUGGACCCUAAGGGCUCAUCGCAGGACCGCGCGGACCCCUGCCCUCCGGGGCACGCGGCUGCGGAGCCUCGGGGCCGCGUCUGCGGUCAGGAUGCCCUGGGCACCUCCCUGCUGGUGAGGAUGCCCUACUGCGCGGCUCCGCAUCCCCAGCCCCGGUCCCUGGUGGGCACGACUGCCUGGGCCCGGCUUCGGCCCCUCCUGCCGGUGGAUGAAAAGGGCCGGAGUCCUUGAGUGCGAUCGGCGAUCGAAUCUGAAUUCUAAGAGCCAUGGAAGGAGGCACUGGGUUGCAGCCCCAGGCGGGAGAGCAGCUGGAGGCCAGCGCCAGAGUAGGAGCGGUCCAAGAGAAGUGCGAACCCGAGCCCUUUAGGUCCAAGAGUUUACCCGCCCUGAACAGCGCCUCCUGCAGGCCAGACCUGAAUCCCGCCGGAGAAGACUCCAAGCCCGCCUCUGGCCAUCAGGAGUUGAAGCCAGGCCCUGGCCCGCGGGCCCCCAGCCCCUCCGCCCCGUCUACUUCGGCAGAGAUGGCAGGGCUGGUGGAAAGUCACCACAGGGUGGAAAUCGGCAAACCCAUAUCGGUGUCCUCCACUUUGGCCAUGCUCCAGGGCAGAAGGUGCCUCUAUGUGGUCCUCACCGAUUCCCGUUGUUUCCUGGUCUGCGUGUGUUUUCUGACCUUCAUCCAGGCGUUAAUGGUCUCCGGGUACCUGAGCAGUGUCAUCACCACCAUCGAAAGGCGCUACAGUCUGAAGAGUUCCGAGUCAGGGCUGCUGGUCAGCUGCUUUGACAUCGGGAGCCUGGUGGUGGUAGUGUUCGUCAGCUACUUUGGUGGCCGGGGGCGGCGGCCCCUGUGGCUGGCCGUGGGGGGACUCCUCAUCGCCCUGGGCGCCGCCCUCUUCGCUUUACCUCACUUCAUCUCGCCCCCCUACCAGAUCCAAGAGCUGAACGCCUCGGCGGCCAACUACGGCCUGUGUCAGAAUGGCAACUCCUCGGCCACGACGGAGCCUCCCACCUGCCUCAAGGACUCGGGGGGAAACAGUCACUGGGUCUACGUGGCUUUAUUCGUUUGCGCGCAGAUUCUCAUCGGAAUGGGCUCCACACCUAUUUAUACCCUGGGACCAACCUACUUAGACGACAAUGUCAAGAAAGAAAAUGCAUCCUUGUACCUAGCCAUCAUGUAUGUCAUGGGAGCACUUGGUCCUGCAGUGGGAUAUUUAUUAGGUGGACUUCUUAUUGGUUUUUACGUUGAUCCUAGAAGUCCCAUCCACCUUAAUCAGGAUGACCCUCGUUUCAUUGGAAACUGGUGGAGUGGAUUCCUCCUUUGUGCCAUUGCAAUGUUUCUUGUGAUAUUCCCAAUGUUUACUUUUCCAAAAAAGCUUCCUCCUCGACACAAGAAAAAGAGAAAGAAAAAAUACUCUGCUGAUGUUGCUGGUGACGAUGACGUCAUGAAGGAGAAACCAAACAAUUGUGAAGAAGUGGACAAAAAAGUGUCUUCUAUAGGAUUUGGAAAGGAUGUCAGAGACCUACCAAGAGCAGCUGUCAGGAUCUUAAGCAACAUGACAUUCCUUUUUGUGAGUUUGUCAUACACAGCUGAGAGUGCCAUUGUAACUGCUUUCAUUACCUUCAUUCCCAAGUUCAUCGAGUCACAGUUUGGUAUUCCAGCUUCCAAUGCCAGCAUCUACACUGGCGUCAUCAUUGUCCCCAGUGCCGGUGUUGGGAUUGUCCUUGGAGGCUACAUCAUAAAAAAAUUGAAACUUGGUGCAAGGGAAUCUGCAAAACUAGCGAUGAUCUGCAGUGGUGUGUCUUUACUGUGCUUUUCAACCCUGUUCAUUGUUGGAUGUGAAAGUAUCAAUCUAGGUGGCAUAAACAUCCCGUAUACGACAGGACCUUCUCUGACCAUGCCUCAUAGGAAUCUGACAGGAAGCUGCAAUGUGAAUUGUGGUUGUAAAAUACACGAGUAUGAGCCAGUCUGUGGAUCGGAUGGAAUUACAUACUUUAACCCUUGUCUGGCUGGCUGUGUUAAUAGUGGUAACAUGAGCACUGGGAUGCGGAAUUACACAGAGUGCACCUGUGUCCAAAGCCGCCAAGUGAUCACGCCUCCCACAGUGGGGCAGCGCAGCCAGGUCCGCGUGGUUAUUGUCAAAACGUAUCUCAAUGAGAACGGCUAUGCUGUGUCUGGGAAGUGUAAACGGAGCUGUAACACCCUCAUCCCGUUCUUAGUUUUUCUGUUCAUAGUGACCUUCAUCACAGCAUGUGCCCAGCCAUCAGCCAUCAUAGUAACUCUCAGGUCCGUAGAAGAUGAAGAGAGACCUUUUGCCCUGGGAAUGCAGUUUGUUUUAUUGCGAACACUUGCAUACAUUCCUACUCCGAUUUACUUUGGAGCAGUUAUUGACACCACCUGCAUGCUCUGGCAACAGGAGUGUGGCGUGCAGGGCUCUUGCUGGGAGUACAAUGUCACAUCAUUUCGUUUUGUCUAUUUUGGUUUGGCAGCUGGCCUCAAAUUUGUUGGCUUCCUUUUUAUUUUUUUGGCCUGGUACUCCAUUAAAUACAAGGAGGAAGAACUACAGAGGCAGAGGUGGAGAGAAUUCCCUCUGAGCACUGUGAGUGAGACGGUGGGCCACACCGACAGUGCCGAUACGUCUGUCCGGACUAGAUCUUGCCCAGCUUUCAGCACCCAGGGAGAAUUCCACGAAGAGGCUGGUCUCCAAAAAGGGAUCCAGUACACAGCACAGACCUAUCCGGGGCCCUUCCUAGAAGCAAUAAGUUCCUCCCCAGACCAGGGGCUGGAAGAAAGCCCUGCUGCCCUGUAGCCUCCCUUCUGAAGCUUGAAAAUGGAAGACUUUUGUUGGUUGAGUUGAAUAUGGUGACUUGAGAAACACCCGUGCCUUCUUUUCUUUCUUUCUUUUUUUAACCUCUAGAGAUACAAUCCUCAAACCAACAAAACUCAGUAUACACAGCCACUGUUGAUUGAGGGCUGGAUACCUCAACAAGACUGAGCCUUUCCCCCCUUCUCUCUAAGAGGAAGGAGUUUAGAUAGAUUUGUUACCAUUUCUGAGUUGUUAAUUUUGAUGCUCAUGCUCCAAUAUGGUAUAAGGCUGGGUGCAUGAUUAACAAAAUCAUGGGAAAUGUGAUGGCGGUGCAUAUCAUUAGCAUGCACUCUGAACAAGGGUGAGCUUGACCAUGAUUCUGCAUUUACAAAGCAAAGUUUUCAGAUACGAACACCUACUGUGAGUCCUGCUACAAAGCACAAAUGAAUUUGCCUCAACUAUGCAAUUUGAUUGGGAAACUGUAAGUGCAGCAUGUUACUUUUAGUGUCAGAGACUAAAACAGAUACGGUUCUGAAAUUAGGAAGCUAAACUUACCCUAAAGUACUGUUAAUAGCAUUGUAAGCCAUAACAGAGCUAAAAAUCAGGUAGAACUUUCCAAAUGCUUCAAAGGAACCAUAAGUGUAGCGUGAAAAAGGGAACAGCAACUUCGUAAGACACAUUCUCUUUUAGUCUAUCUGCCCCACCGUAAAGGAGUUAAAGAAGCUGCUGAAUCAUGAACCUGAGAGCUUGAAUAUCAACUUCAGGAUUCUUUCAUAAGGGGCUUUAACACUCGUGUGCUAAACAAUAUGGCUAGAAACUGUCAUUUGAGAUGCAGAAUAAGGAAAGAAACUGAUGGCUUUCUCAUCCAAAGAAAAUUGCUGCAGAAAUUCUUACAGUUUUUUUAAAAAUAUAAAUUUAUUUAUUUAUUUUUGGCUGCAUUGGGUCUUCGUUGCUGCAUGUGGGCUUCCUCUAGUUGGCAAUGAGCGGGGGCUACUCUUCAUUGUGGUGCACGGGCUUCUCAUUGCGGUGGCUUCUCUUGUUGAGGAGCAUGGGCUCUAGGCGCGCAGCCUUCAGUAGUUGCAGUGCACAGGCUCAGUAGUUGUGGCUCGCGGGCUCUAGAACACAGGCUCAGUAGUUGUGGCUCACGGGCUUAGUUGCUCCACGGCAUGUGGGACCUUCCCAGACCAGGGCUGGAACCCGUGUCCCCUGCAUUGGCAGGCAGAUUCUCAACCACUGCGCCACCAGGGAAGCCCUCUUUUAGCUUUUAAGGGCCCACAUAAGGGUUGUUGAGGAUUGUAACCUUGACACUCAAAAGAGUUGGAAAAAGAAAUCCCACAGACGUAAGACUGAGUCUCACUUGAGCAUUUUAGUUAUAUACCUGGAAGCACUAGCCCAUGUGUAGCUUUCUUUUUUAUGUGCAGAAAAUUGCUUCAGUCACUCUGAAAUAAAGUCAUUUAAUCAGGAAGAUCACCUUGAACACGGGAGGAGGGAGAUCUGUGAGCUGGAUUUAGGUUAUGAUCCCAAGUAAUGGUUAAAAAUUAUGUAUAAUAAACUGGUCUGUCAUACUGAAUCCUACCUUAUCUGAAUCAUUUUAUACCUCCAUUUAAUUCCUUUCUACUGUAACCUUCUUGAAGUGACUCCGAGAGAGGAUUUUUCUGUUUCCAAAUGCCCUUGGUGUUCAACAUCCAUCAUCCUUUUCAGUAUCUCCCAGCACAUCACUUUGAUUUAGAUGCCACACAGAAUGUUUUCCAUGUGGUCCUUAAGGUAGAGGCCUCCUGACGGCACUGUGGACUGAUGGCAAGUUAACUCAUGGAAUCUGGCUGCUCAGAAAAAGAAUCAUGACAACUCAGACUUAGGAGGGACUAUAAUGUACAAAUAUCAAUAUGAUUGUGGAUGGUUUCUGCCAAUGAGCCUAUGCUUUUGUAAGGCUAAUUUGGGAAAUGGUUUCCUUGGCUGAUUUACAGUCUUCCACAGAAGGGAUGAGACUGAGCCAUGAUUCUGGCUUUUUUCCCUCCAUCCAUGGCUGCAUAGGUGGAGCUGUGUGGAUAUUCCUGGGUUCAAGGUUGUCUUCUUCUCUACCUAGGCAUGUCAUUGGUCAAAUGGUUCUCUUGGUUGCAUGCAGUUUAUGGAGAGGGUUCUCAUUGUUAGACUAAAUAAUGUCUACAAGGGGUGGAGUCAGUGGUCCCAGGUGACAAGGACUUCCCUUGGGGCAGACUUGUUUGGCUAAGUCAUAAGAAGCAUCGUUGCCUGUACUUACACUGUGU